AUGCCGGUAGAGCUCCUUGUUCUCCAACCCGGUCGAGAGCAUCUCCGUGUGCUCCAUCCGUAUCCACAAGGAUACACAACUUGGCUCAACAAGUCGAACAAUGGCAUUAGCAGGAGCAUUAACCAGAUGAUGUAUUCCAUGCUCCACAAAGGAUAUCCGACCUACAGUGUGAUGCUUAACGACGAGCGCGAUUUGUGGUUCCAUAACUUUACGCAACACUUAAUUUGGGAGUCAGGCCUCACGGAAACCGUCCGUCAAGCCUUCCAUGAAAAGACGGCAGACUCUUAUACGAAGCAGAUAUAUGAGUGGAAGCAGCUAUGGCUCAAGGGGAAGACACCAAAAUACAUCAACCCAACGGUUUGGCUAGAGUUGCAGGAGCAUUGGGUGGACCAGGAGACUAUAGAGAAAUCAAUCAAAAACUCAGCCAACCGCAAGAGCGAUAGUGGCGGGAAAGGUGUUUAUGUCCACAACCUCGGUGCUUGCAAUAUGUCUUCUAAGGAAAAUCAACUUGUUGAAGCAAAUGCGGGUAAUCACGUUGAUCAUCUCGAUGUCAUGAAAGAGGCGUACACUAACAAGAAGACGGGGAAAUUCAGAAUCUCGUCAUCAGAGAUGUCGUAA